GCCGGGGCGGCUGCGCGGAGCGAGGGCGGUGGCGCUGCCGCCGCCGCUGAGGAGAAACUCCGGAGGGGGAGCGGCAGCCGCCGGCCCCCCGCCCCUGUUAGCGGGAAGAGGGGAGCGAAGCGGCCAGGCCACCCCCUCACCUACCCCUCAUACCCCGCCCCGUCCCGGAGGCUACACGGUCCCGCCCAGAGCGCGGCGGCCGGCGCUGCGCCCAGCGGCGGAGGGCGAGGGGCGGGCGGGCAGCUGGGGGCCCCGAGGCGCCGCUUGAGGGGAGAAGAGGGGUGUUCCCGCACCCCCCAGCCCCGGCCCGGGUGGAUGAGCGGCCUCCGUGGAGGCGGCGACGGCUUUUGCGGCCUCUCCAUGGCUGGGCCCCGGCGGUGAAGGCAGCGGGAGCCGCCUGUGUCCGCGUCGCGCCGGGAGGCAGCGCAGCCACCAGGGGGCGGGCGGGGAGGGGGAUGAGCGCCGCAGCCGCCGCCUCCUCUGCGGGAGCCGCCGUCGCCGCCUGCACCGGGGCCGAGGGCGGCUUCUUCUUUCCUAGCGGCUCCGGUCCGGCGGGGCCCAUGGGGCCCGAAGAGGGCUCAGCCGGUGGGCUGGGAGGCCUGCCCGGCGCCCUGGCGCCGCCGUCGCUGGGCUGCCGGAGCCGCUACCAGCUGCUGCUCUCCGGGAAGGCCCUGGCCGACAGAUACCGGAAGAUUUAUACGGCGGCGCUGAGCGACCGGGAGCUGGGGAGCCACCCGGGCAGAAGUAAGAAACUUUUUAGCAAGAAAAAAUUGAAAAGGAAACAGAAGACUAAAUUGAAAGUAAAAACGCGCAACAAGACUGAAAACCUAGAGAGUACAAUAACGAUACCAGAUAUCAGAUUACAUAGCAACCCUUCAGCUUUUAAUGUUUACUGCAAUGUCCGCCAUUGUGUGUUGGAGUGGCAAAAAAAGGAAGUAUCUGUAUCUUUGGCUUCAAAGAACAGCGUACAGAGCGGGGAUUCGGACAGUGAUGAAGAGGAGGAAUCCAAAGAGCCACCUAUUAAACUUCCAAAGAUCAUUGAAGUUGGAUUGUGUGAAGUCUUUGAACUGAUAAAGGAGACAAGAUUUUCUCAUCCAUCCUUGUGUCUCAGGAGCCUACAAGCCCUACUUAAUGUGCUCCAGGGCCAGCAACCAGAAGGCCUGCAGUCAGAACCUCCUGAAGUCCUAGAAUCCCUCUUCCAGCUUCUUCUGGAGAUAACUGUCCGUAGCACAGGAAUGAAUGACAGUACAGGACAGUCCCUGACAGCACUUUCCUGCGCUUGCCUCUUCAGUUUGGUAGCUGCGUGGGGAGAGACGGGAAGAACAUUGCAAGCAAUCUCUGCUAUCCUCACCAAUAAUGGCAGCCAUGCUUGUCAGACUAUUCAGGUGCCAACCAUUUUAAAUUCUCUUCAGCGGAGUGUACAGGCAGUUCUGGUGGGCAAAAUCCAAAUCCAGGACUGGUUCAGUAACGGGAUAAAGAAGGCAGCCUUGAUGCACAAAUGGCCAUUGAAAGAAAUAUGUGUAGAUGAAGAUGACCAGUGCCUACUUCAGAGUGAUGGUUUUUUCCUCUAUCUCUUAUGUAAAGAUGGACUUUACAAAAUCGGCUCUGGAUACAGUGGGACAGUGAGGGGCCAUAUAUACAAUUCUACGUCCCGCAUCAAAAACAGAAAGGAAAAAAAGUCUUGGUUAGGCUAUGCUCAGGGUUAUUUAUUAUAUAGAGAUGCGAAUAAUCACAGUAUGACAGCCAUAAGAAUAAACCCUGAAACUUUGGAACAAGACGGUACAGUUGCUUUGCCAGAUUGUCAUACUGAAGGACAGAAUAUCCUUUUCACUGAUGGAGAAUAUAUUAAUCAAAUAGCAGCAUCUAGAGAUGAUGGCUUCGUGGUGCGAAUAUUUGCAACAAGUACUGAGCCAGUACUGCAACAAGAAUUGCAGCUUAAGCUUGCAAGAAAAUGCUUGCAUGCCUGUGGCAUCUCAUUGUUUGAUCUGGAGAAAGACUUGCACAUUAUCAGUACGGGGUUUGAUGAGGAGUCUGCUGUCCUUGGUGCUGGAAGGGAGUUUGCACUAAUGAAAACUGCCAGUGGAAAGAUUUAUUAUACUGGCAAAUAUCAGAGCCUUGGAAUCAAACAAGGUGGUCCUUCGGCAGGAAAAUGGGUUGAACUCCCAAUCACAAAAUCUCCAAAGAUUAUUCAGUUCUCUGUUGGACAUGAUGGCUCACAUGCCUUACUCGUUGCUGAGGAUGGAAGCAUAUUCUUCACAGGCUCUGCUAGUAAAGGAGAGGAUGGCGAAUCAACUAAAAGCAGACGGCAGUCAAAACCAUAUAAGCCUAAAAAAAUUAUUAAAAUGGAAGGAAAGAUUGUCAUAUCUACAGCAUGCAAUAAUGGAAGCAGUUCUGUAAUUUCAAAAGAUGGAGAGCUCUACAUGUUUGGAAAAGAUGCCAUUUACUCUGAUAGUACAAGUUUAGUAACAGAUUUGAAAGGCCAUUUUGUGACUCAAGUAGCCAUGGGCAAAGCUCACACCUGUGUGUUAAUGAAGAAUGGAGAAGUUUGGACAUUUGGAGUGAAUAAUAAAGGACAGUGUGGACGAGACACAGGCUCCAUGAGCCAGGGAGGAAAAGGUUUUGGAGUUGAGAACAUGGCAACAGCAAUGGAUGAAGACCUAGAAGAGGAGCUGGAUGAAAAAGAUGAGAAGUCCAUGAUGUGUCCUCCAGGCAUGCAUAAAUGGAAGCUGGAGCAGUGUAUGGUGUGCACUGUAUGUGGAGAUUGCACGGGCUAUGGAGCUAGCUGUGUUAGUAGUGGGCGUCCUGACAGGGUACCUGGAGGAAUCUGUGGCUGUGGCUCAGGUGAGUCGGGCUGCGCUGUAUGUGGCUGCUGCAAGGCGUGUGCUAGAGAACUGGAUGGCCAGGAAGCAAGGCAAAGAGGAAUCCUUGAUGCUGUAAAAGAGAUGAUACCUUUAGAUCUCUUGCUGGCUGUCCCUGUUCCUGGAGUUAAUAUUGAAGAACACCUUCAGUUACGGCAAGAAGAAAAGCGGCAACGUGUAAAUAGGAGACAUAGAUUGGAAGAAGGAAGAGGCCCCCUUGUAUUUCCUGGUCCUAUUUUUAUGAACCAUCGAGAACAGGCUCUAGCCAGAAUCAGACCCCAUCCAGCACAGCUAAAGCAUAAACGGGACAAGCACAAAGACGGAAGUGGAGAAAGAGGUGAGAAGGAUGCCAGCAAAAUCACAACCUAUCCACCAGGGGCUGUCCGCUUUGACUGUGAACUGCGAGCCGUACAAGUCAGUUGUGGAUUUCAUCAUUCAGUGGUUUUGAUGGAGAGUGGUGAUGUUUACACAUUUGGAUAUGGACAGCAUGGGCAACUUGGACACGGUGAUGUUAAUUCCAGGGGAUGUCCCACCUUGGUGCAAGCAUUACCAGGUCCUAGUACACAAGUUACUGCUGGGAGCAACCAUACAGCUAUUCUCUUAAUGGAUGGCCAGGUUUUCACGUUUGGAAGUUUCUCAAAAGGUCAGCUUGGUAGACCAAUUCUGGAUAUGCCCUACUGGAAUGCAAAACCAGCACCUAUGCCUAAUAUAGGCUCUAAAUAUGGACGCAAAGCAACAUGGAUUGGAGCGAGUGGAGACCAGACUUUUCUCCGGAUCGAUGAAGCUCUCAUUAAUUCUCAUGUGCUUGCUACAUCAGAGAUAUUUGCAAGCAGGCAUAUAAUAGGUUUGGUACCAGCUUCAAUAUCAGAACCUCCUCCUUUUAAGUGUCUUCUGAUAAACAAAGUAGAUGGCAGUUGCAAAACAUUCAAUGAUUCUGAGCAGGAAGACCUACAAGGUUCUGGUGUGUGUCUGGAUCCUGUCUAUGAUGUUAUUUGGAGGUUUCGACCAAAUGCUAGGGAACUGUGGAGUUACAAUGCCGUAGUUGCCGAUUCCAGACUUCCCUCAGCUCCAGACAUGCAAUCCCGGUGUAGUAUUUUGAGUCCGGAACUUGCUCUGCCAACAGGUUCCAAAGCUCUAACCACCAGAUCUCAUGCAGCUUUGCACAUUCUAGGUUGUCUUGAUACUUUGGCUGCUAUGCAGGACUUAAAAAUGGGUGUAGCAAAUACAGAAGAGGAGACUCAAGCAGUAAUGAAAGUUUAUUCUAAAGAAGACUAUAGUGUUGUUAACAGAUUUGAAAGUCAUGGAGGAGGCUGGGGUUAUUCAGCCCACUCAGUAGAAGCUAUCCGUUUCUGUGCUGAUACGGAUAUUUUGUUAGGUGGUCUUGGUCUUUUUGGAGGAAGGGGUGAAUACACUGCUAAAAUAAAGUUGUUUGAAUUGGGUCCAGAUGGGGGAGACCAUGAGACUGAUGGAGACCUUCUUGCUGAAACAGAUGUCUUAGCGUAUGACUGUGCUGCUAGAGAGAAGUACGCGAUGAUGUUUGAUGAACCAGUACUUCUACAAGCUGGCUGGUGGUACGUAGCCUGGGCGAGAGUGUCAGGACCUAGCAGUGAUUGUGGAUCUCAUGGACAGGCCUCUAUUACUACAGAUGAUGGUGUUGUAUUUCAGUUUAAAAGUUCCAAGAAAUCAAAUAAUGGUACAGAUGUUAAUGCAGGGCAGAUCCCGCAGUUACUAUACAGGCUGCCAACAAGUGAUGGCAGUGCCUCCAAAGGAAAACAGCAAACCAGUGAACCUGUGCAUAUUUUAAAGAGAUCUUUUGCCAGAACUGUCUCAGUGGAAUGCUUUGAAUCUUUAUUGAGCAUUCUUCACUGGAGCUGGACAACACUGGUGCUGGGAGUUGAAGAACUUCGUGGCCUUAAAGGAUUCCAAUACACUGCUACUCUUUUGGAUUUAGAAAGGUUGCGUUUUGUGGGCACUUGCUGCCUGAGGUUGCUGAGGGUAUACACCUGUGAAAUAUAUCCAAUAUCAGCUACAGCUAAGGCGGUUGUAGAAGAAACCAGCAAACUAGCAGAUUGCAUUGGAAAAACUAGGACCUUGCUGAGAAAAAUUUUAUCCGAAGGAGUUGAUCAUUGCAUGGUGAAGCUGGACAACGAUCCCCAAGGAUAUCUCAGUCAGCCUCUCAGUCUUUUAGAAGCUGUUCUUCAGGAAUGCCAUAAUACAUUCACAGCUUGCUUUCAUUCAUUUUAUCCAACACCGGCUCUGCAGUGGGCGUGUCUUUGUGACUUGUUGAAUUGUUUGGACCAGGACAUCCAGGAAGCAAACUUCAAAACCUCCAGUAGCCGGCUUCUUGCUGCUGUUAUGUCUGCUCUCUGCCACACUUCAGUAAAACUCACCUCUAUCUUUCCAAUUGCUUAUGAUGGAGAGGCGUUGCUGCGAUCCAUGGUCAAACAAGUCAGCACUGAGAAUGACUCUGCUCUAGCCCAUCGUUUUCCUCUUUUGGUUGCACACAUGGAAAAACUUAGUCAGAGCGAAGAAAACGUUUCAGGGAUGACAAGCUUUCGGGAAGUGCUGGAAAAGAUGUUGGUCAUUGUCGUUUUACCAGUACGGAACAGCCUUAGAAGAGAAAAUGAACUUUUCUCUUCACACCUGGUUUCUAAUACUUGUGGGUUGCUCGCCAGUAUUGUGAGUGAGCUUACAGCAUCGGCAUUAGGAUCUGAGGUUGAUGGGCUGAACUCUCUCCAUUCUGUCAAAUCCACUCCAAACCGAUUCACUAAAACAAGUCAGGGAAGAAGUUGGAAUACUGGGAAUGGAUCCCCUGAUGCAAUAUGUUUCUCUGUUGACAAACCCGGUGUAGUUGUAGUAGGAUUUUCUGUUUAUGGUGGAGGAGGAAUUCAUGAGUAUGAGUUGGAGGUAUUAGUCGAUGAUAGUGAUCAUACUGGAGAUUCAACUCACUCUCAUAGAUGGACAUCUUUAGAGUUGGUUAAAGGAACUUACACCACAGAUGAUUCUCCCAGUGACAUAGCUGAAAUCAGACUUGACAAAGUUGUGCCACUGAAGGAAAAUGUGAAAUAUGCAGUUCGUUUGAGGAAUUAUGGAAGCCGAACUGCCAAUGGAGAUGGAGGAAUGACUACAGUUCAGUGUCCAGAUGGUGUAACAUUUACAUUUAGUACAUGUAGUCUGAGCAGUAAUGGCACAAACCAAACGCGAGGACAGAUUCCACAGAUUCUUUAUUACAGGAGUGAGUAUGAUGGAGAUCUGCAAUCACAGCUUUUGAACAAAGCUAACGAAGAAGAUAAAAAUUGUAGCAGGGCUCUUUCUGUCGUGAGUGCUGUUGUACGAGCAGCUAAAGACCUGUUGCACAGGGCUCUUGCUGUAGAUGCUGAGGACAUUCCAGAACUACUCAGCUCUUCCAGUCUGUUUUCGAUGCUGCUUCCCCUCAUAAUAGCCUACAUAGGACCAGUAGCGGCAGCUAUUCCCAAGGUUGCUGUUGAGGUCUUUGGCCUGGUACAGCAGUUACUUCCUUCUGUGGCAGUUCUGAAUCAGAAAUAUGCCCCUCCAGCUUUUAAUCCAAAUCAGUCUACAGACAGCACCACCGGAAACCAACCAGAGCAAGGGCUUUCAGCUUGUACUACCUCCAAUCACUACGCUGUUGUAGAAAGUGAGCAUCCCUAUAAACCCGCCUGUGUUACGCACUAUAAGGUGACUUUUCCUGAAUGUGUCAGGUGGAUAACAAUAGAGUUUGACACUCAGUGUGGCACUGCUCAAUCAGAGGAUGUUCUUCGUUUACUAAUUCCUGUCAGGAUUGCACAGAGUCUGGGAUUUGGACCAAAGCAUGCUUCUGUUCAUGAAAACCUUAAUUCAUGGAUAGAACUGAAAAAAUUCUCUGGAUCUUCAGGGUGGCCUACCAUGGUAUUAGUAUUGCCAGGAAAUGAAGCUCUUUUUUCUCUGGAGACUGCCUCAGACUAUGUGAAAGAUGAAAAGGCUUGUUUUUAUGGUUUCAAAUGUUAUGCAAUUGGAUAUGAAUUUAGCCCAGGAUCUGAUGAGGGUAUUAUUCAGCUGGAGAAAGAACUGGCCAAUUUAGGAGGAUCAUGUGCAGCAGCUUUGAUGAAGAAAGAUCUAGCGCUUCCUAUUGCAGGUAAUGAAUUUGAAGAAGAUCUUGAGAUUCUCGAAGAGGCUGCUUUACAGGUGUGCAAAUCUCACUCCGGCAUUCUUGGGAAAGGCUUGGCACUAUCUCACUCACCAACCAUUUUGGAAGCUCUUGAAGGAAAUCUUCCACUGCAGGUACAAAGCAAUGAGCAGUCAUUUCUGGAGGAUUUCAUUGCUUGUGUACCAGGAUCAAGUGGUGGACGACUUGCAAGGUGGCUUCAGCCAGAUUCAUAUGCUGAUCCUCAAAAAACAUCAUUGAUUUUGAAUAAGGAUGACAUUCGAUGUGGUUGGCCAACUGUCAUUACAGUACAAACAAAAGACCAGUAUGGGGAUGUUGUUCAUGUUCCUAAUAUGAAGGUAGAAGUCAAAGCUAUUCCUGUUUCUCAGAAAAAAACAUCUUUGCAACAAGAACAGGUUAAAAAGGUACAACGGAUACCGGGGAGUCCUGCAACAGCUGCUUCCCCUAUCAGUGAUAUGACCUUUGGAGGGCUUCCUUCACCAAAGCUUGACUCCUCCUAUGAGCCAAUGAUAGUAAAAGAAGCUCGAUAUAUUGCUAUUACAAUGAUGAAGGCAUAUGAAAAUUAUUCUUUUGAAGAAUUACGCUUUGCUUCACCAACACCAAAGAGACCCAGUGAAAACAUGUUGAUCAGAGUCAAUAACGAUGGUACAUACUGUGCAAACUGGACUCCUGGAGCUGUUGGUCUCUAUACCAUCCAUGUUACUAUAGAUGGCAUUGAAAUAGAUGCUGGACUAGAAGUGAAAGUAAAAGAUCCUCCAAAGGGAAUGAUACCUCCUGGAACACAACUUAUUAAACCAAAAGCAGAGCCUCAGCCAAACAAGGUUCGCAAAUUUGUGGCCAAGGACAGUGCAGGGCUUCGUAUCCGUAGCCACCCUUCCCUUCAGAGUGAGCAAAUAGGCAUAGUGAAAGUCAAUGGAUCCAUCACUUUCAUUGACGAGAUCCACAAUGAUGAUGGUGUUUGGCUGAGGCUGAAUGAUGAGACAAUAAAGAAGUAUGUUCCUAACAUGAAUGGUUACACUGAAGCCUGGUGUCUCUCUUUUAACCAACAUCUUGGCAAGAGCCUUCUGGUACCUGUUGACAAUGUCUUUAAUGCUAGCCAAGGAGUAAGGGAUUUGGACUUUUUUUCAUGGACUUCCAAAGCUUUACCCCCUAAGGAAUCUAGGUCUAAUACUGAUGAUUUUUUCAAAGACCUAAAUUCACACUGCCCACAGGAAGCAGUGAUGCAAGAACAAGAUAUGCCAUUCCUUCGAGGUGGACCUGGAGUGUACAAGGUAGUGAAGACUGGCCCGUCAGGUCACAACAUCAGAAGCUGCCCUAACCUUAGAGGUAUCCCAAUUGGAAUGUUAGUUCUGGGAAACAAAGUCAAGGCAGUGGGCGAGGUGACUAAUUCAGAAGGUACGUGGGUGCAGAUGGAUAAGAACAGCAUGGUAGAGUUCUGUGAAAGUGAUGAAGGCGAGGCAUGGUCGUUAGCUAGAGACAGAGGUGGAAACCAGUACCUCCGACACGAAGAUGAGCAAGUCCUUCUAGAUCAAAAUGUUCAGACUCCUCCCCCAAGUCCUUUUUCAAUACAAGCUUUCAGUAAGGGGACAAGCUGUAGUAAUGGACAAGGGUUUGAUUAUGGCCUUGGAAAUAACAAAGUUUUGACUGUUUUGCCCACUACAGGUGACCAACUGAGUGCCAUACUGAAUUCCAUUCAGUCACGGCCAAAUCUCCCAGCUCCUUCCAUCUUUGAUCAAGCUGCAAAACCUCCCUCUUCCCUAGUCCACAGUCCAUUUGUGUUCGGACAACCCCUUUCCUUCCAGCAGCCUCAGCCACAGCUUCAGAGUGACCGAAUGAAUUUCACGGGAGCUGCUAGACCGGUUUCUCCAGCAGGAAGAUCAGACGUGUCAUCAAAACACAGAGCUGACAGCAGGUCACCCAAGCUUGAUGUGCGAAUGAAUAGAGCUGCUGCUGACCAGAAGAAACCUAGGAAUACAGAAGGCCUAUCUGCCAGUGAGUCUCUUAUGCUGAAAUCAGAUGCUGCAAAACUGCGGUCAGACUCUCACAGCAGGUCUUUGUCUCCAAAUCAUAACACUUUGCAAACACUAAAAACCGAUGGAAGAACAACUACUGGUCUGAGAGCUGAAUCUCCAGGGCCAGGAACCAGGUCAUCUUCUCCAAAGACAAAGACGCUUACAGCCGUUAGAUCUGGUGCUAGUUCUCCACGAUCCUCAUCACCUCACGAGAAAACUCUACCUCAGAAAGCUUCAUCUCCUGUAAAAACAAAGCUUGAUCCUCCUCGAGAACGCUCCAAAUCAGAUUCUUACACAUUAGAUCCAGACACCCUUCGCAAAAAGAAAGUGCCACUAACAGAACCCUUAAGGGGGAGGUCCACUUCACCCAAACCAAAAAUUAUUGCAAAAGAUGGAAUACCUGUUACAGAAACUGAAAAUAGAGCUCCUUCCCCUCAUGUCGUACAAGAAAAUCUUCACAGUGAGGUAGUUGAAGUCUGUACUUCAAGUACGUUAAAGACUAACAGCAUUACAGAUAGCACCUGUGAAGACAACACAGAAUUCAGAAGUCUGGAUGAUGGUUCUAAUAAAGUUCAUUUCAGCAUAGGAAAAGCACCACUGAAAGAUGAGCAAGACAUGAGAGCAUCUCCAAAAGUGAGCCGUAAAUGUGCUGGCAGGCACACAAGACCCAAAAAGGAAAAAUCCAGCUUUCUCUUCAAAGGAGAUGGCUCCAAGCCUGUAGAGCCUGCCAAGCAAGCAAUGUCACCUUCCGUGGCAGAAUGUGCUAGAGCUGUAUUUGCUGCGUUUCUUUGGCAUGAAGGAAUAGUUCAUGAUGCUAUGGCUUGUUCAUCUUUUUUGAAGUUUAAUCCAGAACUGUCCAAAGAGCAUGCGCCAAUACGAAGCAGUCUUACUCAACCACCUGCCGAGGAAAAAGAAACCAAGCUGAAAAAUAGACAUUCAUUGGAAAUAUCAUCUGCUCUUAACAUGUUCAACAUCUCACCUCAUGGACCAGAUAUAUCUAAAAUGGGUAGCAUCAAUAAAAACAAAGUCCUCUCGAUGUUAAAGGAACCGCCUCUGCAUGAGAAGUGUGAGGAUGGAAAAACUGAAACUACCUCCUUUGAAACAUCCAGUCAUCACACGAUGAAAUCCAAGUCUCCUCUUCCAUUAACGCUGCAGCACUUGGUGGCUUUCUGGGAGGAUAUUUCUUUAGCAACUAUUAAAGCAGCUUCCCAAAACAUGAUUUUUCCAAGUCCUGGUUCUUGUGCAGUGUUAAAGAAGAAGGAAAGUGACAAAGAUAACAAGAAAACCAAAAAAGAGAAAAAGAAAAAAGAAAAGGUUGAGACCAGGCCAAGGGGAAAUCUUUUUGGCGAGAUGGCUCAGCUUGCAGUGGGAGGACCUGAAAAAGACACCAUCUGUGAGUUGUGUGGAGAAUCCCAUCCAUAUCCAGUGACUUACCAUAUGAGACAAGCUCAUCCAGGCUGUGGCCGUUAUGCUGGUGGCCAAGGCUAUAAUAGCAUUGGGCACUUUUGUGGAGGAUGGGCUGGUAAUUGUGGCGAUGGUGGUAUUGGAGGAAGCACUUGGUAUUUGGUUUGUGAUCGGUGCAGAGAAAAAUAUCUCCGUGAAAAGCAAGCAGCAGCAAGAGAGAAGAUUAAACAAUCUAGGAGAAAACCAAUGCAAGUUAAGACUCCUCGUGCCUUGCCAACUAUGGAGGCUCAUCAAGUGAUUAAAGCCAAUGCACUGUAUUUACUGUCGCUAAGUAGUGCUGCUGAGCCCAGUAUCCUCUGCUAUCACCCUGCAAAAGCAUUCCAAUCUCAACUUCCCAGUGUCAAAGAAGGAAUUUCUGAAGACUUCCCCAUUAAAAUGCCUUGUCUCUAUUUACAGACUUUAGCAAGGCAUCAUCAUGAAAAUUUUGUUGGGUACCAGGAUGACAACCUCUUCCAGGAUGAGAUGAGGUACCUGCGCUCAACAUCAGUACCUGCACCGUACAUCUCAGUUACUCCUGAUGCAAGCCCUAAUGUCUUUGAAGAGCCAGAGAGUAACAUGAAAUCUAUGCCCCCGAGUUUGGAAACCAGCCCAAUAACAGAUACAGAUCUUGCGAAGCGUACAGUCUUUCAAAGAUCAUAUUCAGUUGUUGCAUCAGAAUAUGACAAGCAGCACUCAAUUCUGCCAGCACGUGUAAAGGCAAUCCCUAGGAGACGAGUCAACAGUGGAGAUGCGGAAGUGGGGUCCUCUCUCCUGAGACAUCCAUCUCCUGAACUUUCUCGGUUAAUCUCCGCCCACAGCUCUCUUUCCAAAGGAGAGAGAAAUUUCCAGUGGCCAGUGCUGGCAUUUGUAAUCCAGCAUCAUGAUUUGGAAGGACUUGAAAUAGCGAUGAAGCAAGCCUUACGGAAAUCUGCUUGCCGAGUCUUUGCCAUGGAGGCUUUCAACUGGCUUCUUUGUAACGUCAUUCAAACAACUUCUCUUCAUGAUAUUUUAUGGCAUUUUGUGGCUUCCCUAACUCCUGCACCUGUGGAGCCUGAAGAAGAGGAGGAUGAAGAAAAUAAAUCAAAUAAAGAAAAUGCAGAACAGGAAAAAGACACAAGAGUGUGUGAACAUCCUCUGUCAGAUAUAGUGAUUGCUGGCGAAGCAGCUCACCCAUUACCCCACACUUUUCAUCGCCUUCUCCAGACAAUCUCUGAUCUUAUGAUGUCUCUUCCCAGUGGCAGCGCAUUACAGCAAAUGGCCUUACGGUGCUGGAGUCUCAAAUUCAAGCAAUCUGAUCACCAGUUCCUGCACCAGAGCAACGUUUUUCAUCAUAUCAACAAUAUUUUGUCUAAAUCUGAUGAUGGAGAUAGUGAAGAGAGUUUCAGUAUUAGUAUUCAGUCUGGUUUUGAAGUCAUGAAUCAGGAACUGUGUAUAGUGGUUUGUCUGAAAGACCUAACCAGCAUUGUUGACAUUAAAACAUCAAGCCGACCUGCCAUGAUUGGGAGUUUAACAGAUGGGUCUACAGAAACAUUCUGGGAGUCAGGAGAUGAGGAUAAAAACAAAACCAAAAACAUCACAAUCAACUGUGUGAAAGGAAUCAAUGCACGUUAUGUGUGUGUUCAUGUCGACAAUUCCAGAGAUCUUGGGAACAAAGUGACUUCAAUGACCUUCCUAACUGGCAAGGCAGUAGAAGAUCUCUGCAGAAUAAAGCAGGUAGACUUGGAUUCAAGACAUAUUGGCUGGGUAACAAGUGAACUUCCUGGGGGUGAUAAUCACAUCAUCAAAAUUGAAUUGAAGGGUCCAGAGAACACACUAAGAGUUCGACAAGUGAAAAUUCUUGGCUGGAAAGACGGUGAAAGCAUUAAAAUAGCAGGCCAGAUUUCUGCAAGUGUAGCUCAACAAAGAAACUGUGAAUCUGAGACGCUGCGAGUAUUCCGACUUAUUACAUCCCAGGUAUUUGGAAAACUCAUCUCCGGCGAUGCUGAGCCAACCCCAGAACAAGAAGAAAAAGCACUGUUGUCUUCCCCAGAAGGAGAAGAAAAAGUACACAAUGCAACAUCAGAUGCAGACCUGAAGGAGCACAUGGUAGGGAUCAUAUUCAGCCGGAGCAAAUUGACAAAUUUGCAGAAGCAGGUAUGUGCUCAUAUAGUCCAGGCCAUACGAAUGGAAGCGACCCGCGUGCGUGAAGAAUGGGAGCACGCCAUCUCUAGCAAAGAGAACGCCAACUCGCAGCCUAACGAUGAAGAUGCUUCUUCCGACGCUUAUUGCUUUGAGCUGCUGUCAAUGGUUCUGGCGUUGAGCGGUUCCAACGUGGGCCGGCAGUACCUGGCUCAGCAGCUGACUCUGCUCCAGGAUCUCUUCUCGUUACUGCACACCGCUUCUCCCAGGGUGCAGAGACAGGUAACAUCGUUACUGAGACGUGUUCUGCCUGAGGUAACGCCCAGUCGCCUGGCUAGUAUUAUAGGAGUGAAGUCUCUUCCACCAGCAGAUAUAAGCGAUAUCAUUCACUCCACAGAAAAAGGAGAUUGGAAUAAACUUGGUAUCUUAGACAUGUUUUUGGGAUGCAUUGCCAAAGCUCUCACUGUACAGCUAAAAGCCAAAGGAACUACUAUAACAGGGACAGCUGGCACGACGGCAGGCAAAGGAGUUACUACAGUCACGCUUCCAAUGAUCUUCAAUUCCAGCUAUAUCCGGCGAGGUGAAAGCCAUUGGUGGAUGAAGGGUUCAACACCUACACAGAUUUCGGAGAUCAUUAUUAAACUCAUUAAAGACAUGGCAGCAGGUCAUCUGUCGGAAGCUUGGUCCCGCGUGACAAAGAAUGCUAUUGCCGAAACCAUCAUAGCUCUGACCAAAAUGGAGGAAGAAUACAGAUCACCAGUGAGGUGCAUUGCAACAACCAGACUAUGGCUGGCCUUAGCAUCCCUCUGUGUGCUUGAUCAGGAUCAUGUGGAUAGGCUAUCCUCAGGAAGAUGGAUGGGAAAGGAUGGACAACAGAAACAGAUGCCAAUGUGUGAUAACCAUGAUGAUGGUGAAACCGCUGCAAUCAUUUUAUGUAACAUCUGUGGGAAUCUGUGUACCGAUUGUGACCGCUUCCUUCAUCUCCAUCGGCGAACAAAAACUCAUCAGAGACAGGUAUUCAAAGAAGAAGAAGAAGCUAUCAAAGUUGAUCUCCACGAGGGUUGUGGUAGGACCAAACUUUUCUGGCUGAUGGCAUUAGCAGAUUCCAAAACUAUGAAGGCUAUGGUGGAGUUUAGAGAACAGACAGGCAAACCGACCACCAGCAGUUCUGAAGCGUGUCGUUUCUGUGGUUGUAGGAGUGGAACAGAAUUAUCAGCAGUGGGAAGCGUUUGUUCUGAUACAGAUUGCCAGGAGUAUGCUAAAAUUGCCUGCAGCAAGACACACCCCUGCGGUCAUCCGUGUGGAGGCGUUAAGAACGAAGAGCACUGUUUGCCGUGCUUGCACGGUUGCGAUAAGAACGCUACAACUCUUAAACAAGAUGCUGAUGACAUGUGCAUGAUCUGCUUUACUGAAGCACUUUCAGCAGCACCAGCUAUCCAGCUGGACUGCAGCCACGUUUUCCAUUUGCAAUGCUGUCAACGAGUACUAGAAAACAGAUGGCUUGGGCCAAGGAUAACUUUUGGGUUUAUGUCCUGUCCUAUUUGCAAGAACAAAAUCAAUCAUACAGUAUUAAAGGAUUUGCUUGAUCCAAUCAAAGAACUCUAUGAAGAUGUAAGGAGAAAAGCGCUAAUGAGAUUGGAGUACGAAGGGUUGCACAAGAGUGAGGCCAUCACAACACCCGGUGUUAGAUUUUAUAAUGACCCAGCUGGCUACGCCAUGAACAGAUACGCUUACUAUGUUUGCUACAAGUGCAAAAAGGCAUAUUUUGGUGGCGAAGCUCGUUGCGAUGCUGAGGCUGGACAAGGAGAUGACUAUGAUCCCAGAGAGCUUAUUUGUGGUGCAUGCUCUGAUGUUUCAAGGGCUCAGAUGUGUCCCAAACACGGUACAGAUUUCUUAGAGUACAAGUGCCGCUACUGCUGUUCGGUUGCCGUUUUUUUCUGUUUUGGGACAACGCAUUUUUGCAAUGCUUGCCAUGAUGAUUUCCAAAGAAUGACAAGCAUCCCUAAAGAAGAACUCCCACACUGUCCUGCAGGUCCCAAAGGUAAACAACUUGAAGGAACAGAAUGUCCACUUCACGUUGUCCAUCCACCCACUGGUGAAGAAUUUGCUCUGGGUUGUGGGGUUUGCAGAAAUGCUCACACUUUUUAGACUAGAGUAUUUUUUUUUUUUACCAGAGCAAAACAGGUGCCCUCAUCCCUCAAGUGUCCUGAAAAUAAAGUCCAGCUGGGAUGAGGACGGGACCAUUUCAUAACCCAGGUAAAAGGAACAAUUUACAGUGCAAGAAGGAUGCCAAAUACCAUGUACAUAAUUCUUGCUGUGAGAUAUUGACAUUUUUUGAACUGAGACAUCAAAACUUGUGAGGUGUUUGCAUGUGGCCAUUACAGUCAUCGGCUAGGAAACAUUGGACAUUUACAAAUAAAUAAUUGCUAUUAAAGGAUCUGUGUGUCUGUGGACUAUGAAUGAUGCUGGCUUUCAGGAGAAAGGAAAAAAAAAUAUUGAUUAUUGUAUACUGACUUUUUGUAAUCUUGUACAAUUGUAACGCAUCACAAGUGGGGAUGGGAAAGAAGAAUAUUCUGGUUUAUUUCCUAGACUGUUAUAAAAAAAAAAAAAAUUGUGUUAGGAAGGCAUAAAUGUAACAAGUAUCACACUGUAUAUAAAGGUAUCAAUGUUUGUCCUGUAUAAGAAUUAUUAAAUUACAACAGCAGUUUCAUUUAAACUUCUGGGUUAUGUUUGAGCCUGAAAUUUUAAUGAAGUGCAAUACUGAGUGUGCCUCAUAUCUUGCAGCUGUAAACAUAAUGGAAUGUACAUGUCAAUAAAGCCACUGUACAUUUUUAUACAGUGAAAGUCUAA